UUAUUAAUUUUGGUUUGACGUUCAAUUUUGUAUAAUUAUUGGGCUUGCAUGGCUCCUCUAGUUGAUGUCGCAUAGGCUAUAGUAUACCCCCUGUACUCGCUGUAGCUCUCAUCAAGAGGAUCUUGAAGGCAUCUGCAGUACCUCACCGAGUCAUACCACCAGUUGAUCUACUAGUAUCUUGAUAUUGCUGAUAGCUAUGGCCGAAAACUCGGCCACAAACGGUAAUCUGUUCCUUGAUGUUGGAAAGGAUUUCAAGUCGACUGAUCAGGUUGAGCUGUUGGCUACCCGGCUGCUCGGCAAUGACGAUAAAGUGACGCGUCUUCAGAGCGAGAACAUCACAGAUCCAAGUCGAGUUGCACGGAAGAUCAUGGGGGUGUGGGAAGAGAGCAGCAGGGAGGGUAUCCACUUACAAUACCUUUAUGAUAUUCUGUGUGACAUCGGCAUGGCACACACCGCCAUCAAGUUCAGCUCUCGACUUGGUGUUAGCAUUGACAAGCACCGUCAGCAUGGCCAGGCUGCACCAACAAGAACAACAUCAGCAACAACCGGCCAAUCCCGGACUGAAUCUCAGCAGGGACGCGGAGCAAAAACGGCAGAGACUGUCAGUGACGGCAGAAGGCAGCAAUCUAGCGACGGGGCGGGUUUGAAUACAUGUUUCUGCGCCGACCCGUUCAAGGACCCUCGCUACGUGAGCGCGGUCGAUCUGUUCCUGAAGUCGCUCGACCCAACCGAGCUACGCAAUCGUGCUCAGCAAGCUGGCGAUCUUCUCAACGAAUCCCAAGUCGACCGCCUGGUGUGGACCGAGCAGCAUCAGCAGCCACACAUCCACAACCAUGAGCUGAUCAAGGUGAUCAAGCCGCAAGAACAACUGGGCUACAUUAGCCUUUGCCGGAUUAUCAAGGACUGGGGAAAGUACCCGGGAAAGCUGGCGGAAAUGAAUCAACUACUGCCUGCAGACAAGCGGGUUUGAAAUUCGCCCUGUUCCCUGGGCAGAGAAGACACGGAACUGGGAAUUCUCGAAAGGACAAGAGACGCCACUGCGAUGAAGCGAUUCUGAAGACCAGGUGGGAAGGUGACCCGGGAGCUGAAAGACGGACGCACACAUGGGCACGAGAAUGGCGGCCGGCUGCAGUGCGAGCCCACAAGCUGUUAGUGUUUUUUUGUCAGCACAGGACAUUGGCGGUUACGCCUCACUAGUCGCUUUGCGGGGGGAAAGAUGAGUUCGGAUACUAUUCCUUAAGUGUCGGGGGAGUUAAAGGUGCUUGCAAAGUGCAGCACGGUGGUAUGUGCAGAGUCGGCUCUGCGGUUGGUACAUGGCCCUGCCCCAAAAAAUGGGGUAUUAUUGAUAACCACUACAGUACCUACUACGCACAGGGGUUGUGUCGGUGAAAGCCCGUCAACUUUCCGAAACCCAAGCGGCUUGGAAUCGCCGUUGGCAACCGACAUUGUCAUGGCUGACGCACACACUUGGUGCGUGUGGUGCAAGCGUACCAGUGCCAUCGUACUUGUCCCCGCGGCCCAACGCAAGCAAGCAUCUCCCUUAACCCGGCGGCAAACGCUGGUUUCACCGCUCCUGCUUUCAAUAGUAUAAUACUCUUUCUGACUAGUUUC